GAGCCCCAGCUGCCCCCGUGGACUUUAUUACGCCGGAUUUGUUAAAACCGCUGUGUAAACCUGUUUGGUGGCCCCUCCGUGUUUUCUCAGUCUCCCUUCCUUCCCUCUCGUCCUCUCCAGCCCCCCUCCCGCAGCCCCCCGCAGCCACCGUGUUUGGAUAACUUUUAUUGAGCUGGAGCUAAUCUCUUUAGGCUGGAUUAUCGUCCCGGGCGGAGGGGUUAGAAGUGUUGGCGCCAAAUUACCCUCUGAGACUUGGGAAUUGUCCCCUCAGAUUAAAGGGGGAAAAUUGCGAGGGGCAGGACCCAGUAAUUUGCUCCCCACAGUUACCAAUCAUACGAUAUCAAAGGGCGGAGUCUAGAACCAUAACUCAGGCGAGGCUGGCGGGGAGUGGUCUGCGGGCACGAGGCGCGGCCACUCACCGGCAAGAAGGUGAAGAAGCCGCGCCGCCAUUGGUCCGGUGGGCGGGGCCUAGUCACAAUAUGGCGAAGGGUUGAACUUGGCUUAAAGUAAAUUUUCCUAGACUUUAAGAUCGUUCAGUCGGCCUUUGGAGCGGAACCAGAGAGUAGCUCGCCGCGGCGGUGGCCGUUUGUUGACUCAGUAGCCGCGACUAAUUCUUGCGGUGUUUGGAGUAGCAACACGGCUGUUUGCUUUAGCAUUGUUGGAAUCAUAAGAAAAGAGACUGUCGAUGUGUUUUCGUUAUUUUAAUCAAUCCGCGAGCCAAGAAAUCUCAGCGACACGAAAGAUAACGAAGGUGGACUGAUUUGUAUUCUGUACUUGGCCGCCGCAGUACACUCGUCGGCCUGUGACUGAGACCGGCAAGUGUGAAGGACAGAUAAGACAGGAUUACAUCUCGUAGACACCCGCCGCCCACGCCCAGACCAGAAUCUCUCAUCUCCCGCUCAGCCCCAUCCGCCGCCUCCUUCCCGCUACCCGCUGCCGCCCUCACUGUUGCCCGCCACACAACAAGGAGUGGUGAGGGUGUGUGGUGCCCGCCUUGUGCUCUGUGUCGCCGGCGGUAGUGUAGCAGGUGAAGUGAAAAUAGCAAGGAGGGUGAGUGGGUGAGGCGUCGCGGUGGUGGUGACGGCGGCGUGAGGCCCAGGAGGGUGUGUGUUGUGUGUGUGGUGCCGCCCGAACCUCCGCUCCGCCCGCCCGUCACUCCGUCCCGCCGCGCCCCGCGUCCCCGGCCUCCCUUCGCCGCACCCUGCACCGCUGCCUCUCCUUUGUCUUGAACUUUCGUCAGGAGGGCAGUCCCAGGGUCUACCUCGCCAGAGGUAGACCCAGAAUGCUGUGUAGCCAUGUGUGAUCAGUGGUCAGCUUACCCCGUCAAAAUGCACACUUUGUUCGGGGACCAGCAGUCUUACUAUCGCCAUGCUGCCGCCACCUACCCGCCGGCGGCGCUGCAGCAAAUGUCCUCAAUGGCUCCCAAUGCCUACUGUUAUGACGGGUACAGUGCCAUGAGCCGCUACCACCCCUAUGGCUACACCACGCAGCAACACACGCCUCCCAAGGACAUGGUGAAGCCGCCCUACUCGUACAUCGCCCUCAUCACCAUGGCCAUCCAAAACAACCCCGAGCAGCGCGUCACCCUAAACGGCAUCUAUCAGUUCAUCAUGGAGAGAUUCCCUUACUACCGGGAGAACAAACAGGGCUGGCAGAACUCCAUUCGCCACAACCUCAGCCUCAACGAAUGCUUCGUCAAGAUCCCCCGCGACGACAAGAAGCCCGGCAAGGGGUCCUACUGGACGCUGGACCCCGAGGCCAGGAACAUGUUCGACAACGGCUCCUACCUGCGGCGUCGGAAAAGAUUCAAGAAGAAGGACGCCAACCGGGAGAAGGAGGAGGCCAUCAAGAGGCAGCAGGAGCAGCAGCAGCCGCAGCACACCCCCACGGGCGUGGAGGGUGAUCAGCGGGCACAGCAGCCAGACCCUGUGGCCCUCACGCAACACACACAGCAACAGCAGCAGCAGCAGCAACAACAAGCUGCUGCUCGCCCGCCACCGCCGCAGCAGCAGCAGCCCCAGCAGGCUGGAGCAGGACCUCAGCACCCGCAGGCAGGGCCGGUGGUAGGCGGGCCGCAGGAGGGGGAGGGGGUGCAGGCGGGGAGCGGGACCCCUAUCUCGCCCCUCUGUCAGCCCAAGACAGAGCCUCAGGACUCCCCAGAGCUUCCAGCGGCUUGCCUGCCCGAGGUGAAGGCCUCCGCUCACACCCCGCCUCUGCACGCCCACACGCACACGCCGCCCCUUCACACCCAGACCCAUACACCACCCCUACAUGCCCACGCCCACUUGGCCUCCACCCUUCCCACCACCUCCGCCAAUGGAGGUGGUCACGAAGGGUCUUACCUGGACGUUGGCUCUUCCUUCAGCGUGGACUCCCUGGUGCCGGGGUCCAGGGAAGGGGUGGGACGCGAGACCAGUCCCACGGCGCUGCUGACGGAGGCACAGCAGCAGCAGUAUCGCUCCAACAUGUACUACGACACGAUGGGCUACUGCCAGUACGGAGACUCGCGCGCCCCCUCCGUCUUCCCGACACCCACUUCCGACGAGAUGACGGCCUGCGGCAGCGCGGCCAUGAACGGCAGCAGCCCCGUGGUGGGGGGCAUGAGCAUGCAGGCGGCGGCGGCGGCGGCGGCCUAUUCUCGCUCCCACGGUUCGUGGUAUUCCCAGCCGCUGGAGACAGCCGGCAGCGGCGGCGGCGUGGACGGCGGCUUCCCCAACGUGCGUGAAAUGUUUGAGUCGCAGCGACUCCUGACCAACCCCUCCUGCCAGCUGGGCUUCCGCGCCUCCUACAAAUACCCGGCUUACUACGACGACGCCGCCAAGUACUGAGCCCGCCGCCACGCGAACCGAUGCUUCCCAGGGGCUCGUCUGGCGCACACCUGGCCCGCAGCGCGCCCACAGGGGCGGCAGAGUGGGUGUGGCUGGGCAGCUGGCGGCGGGCGCUGGGUGGGGGAGGUCGCCGGCCGUCUCGAGUGAAACCAAAGAGGGCAAGACGUUGUGGUGUUGCCGCUGUCGUCGCCGUCGCCGCCGGGCACGCCCUCGCCGCGCCGAGUGGGCUGAGGUGCGCGUCGCCCAUAGUGAGCGGGUACGGGCGUGGCCUCGCGGUUCCCGUCGCCACCGUGUGUGUGUGUCGCCACAAACGUGCAGUACACGCGCCUUCAGCUGUGUACCUACGUAUAGACGAAUUCAUGUACGUAUAGACUCCAUGUACGCAUAGAAUUCCCAUGUGUGCGAGUAUUGGCAAAUCAGUGUACAUCUAGGACAGACCGAUGUGUAUAUCUUCAUAAUAUUUAAAUCUGUAACACGCAUAAUAUAUAUGCGCUUUUUUGUUA